UUUCCCUAUUCAAUGUUUCUGUCGUCAACAAUGUCUCUGACACCCAAAUCUUUCCCGUUUCCCUUCCUCUCUCUUCUUCUUCUGCUUCUGCUUACUCUCUCCGCCUCUGCCUCCUCCUCCUCCAUACAGAACCUCCUUCAUAGUCAAGGCCUGCCAGGUGGUCUUUUCCCGGAAAAUGUGAAAUCCUUCGAGCUUGACCGGAAUGGCCGCCUGGAAGUGCACUUGGAUGGUCCUUGCUUGGCCAAGUAUGAGACUAGGGUUUAUUUUGAUAGUGUGGUAAGAGCUAAUCUCAGUUAUGGUGGCCUUGUCGGUCUUGAAGGUCUUUCUCAAGAAGAGCUUUUCCUUUGGUUUCCAGUUAAAGGGAUUAUAGUCAGUGACCCAUCUUCUGGUUUGAUCUUGUUUGAUAUUGGUCUUGCUCAUAAGCAGCUCUCUCGAUCUCUUUUUGAAGAUCCCCCUGUUUGCAAGCCUCAAGGAGCUCUAUUGGAUAAUUUUGGAAGGAAGAUGGGUGUUGCUGUUCAGAGAUGAAAGACAAGAAGGCGCAUUUCAUUGAGAAUUUGCCCUUUUUCUUUUUUGCUUUCUUUAAUUUGAACUUGAAAAGGAAUAUAUGGAGUAUAGUGCAUAGGUUUUAGAUAGGUUUGUGUAAAAAUGGAAACAGUGGGGAUAAGUUUGUGGAAUCAAAUGUUAAACUUUUUUGGAAUUCUUAGAUUCUUAACUGAUAGUAGUAUUAAUGAAUAUAUCUUAAUUAUUGUGUUUGUUUAA